GCUGGAAACCUCCUAGGCUAUGGCUUUGUGCACGGGGAAUGGCAGGGGCUGGUUGGCAGAGUGAUGGCCAGAACCUCAGAAGGGUCCCCUUGCAGCUUGAUCCCUCUUCCCCCUUGGGAGCCCCCUCCUCGUUUGGGUGGUGGUGGUGGUUGGGGGCUACUCUGGCGCAGUGCCUGGAUGUGGGGUUUUUCCCGUGCGCCGGGCAUUUUCUGCGCGAAAGUUGGGAUGGAGCGCGGGUUGUGCAUCCGGCGCCUUCCGUGUCCUUCAAUAAACCGCUGAGCUGGAGUGACGGCCGGUCUCUGCACGUGAUUCUUGCGCGGCGGAUACGGGGAGCCGAGCGGGACCCCCGGCCGCGCCCCUUGAGGCUUGGUUGCGGGUCGAAGACCCUGGUGGGGGCGCCCCACGCAGACGCGGCCGGGCAGGGGGCGUUCGGCGCGGGCUGCUCAAGAACAGUACCCGCCCGAGUCUUUCCACGACGACUCCUCGGCGAGGUAGGACUUCAUUUCCCGGUGCGCCACGCGGCAGGAACCCCGCCCCGAAGCGCGCGCGAGGCCCGCUUGGUCCGGGGCGCCCAUGGACGGAUCGCCGCCGCCGGUCUACGUGUACGGCGCCGAGCCAGCAUGGUGCACGCGCUGCUGGAAGCCUACUCGCUGCUGAAGCACAUGAGGGUCGUCCAGCCGCGCCCCGCGACCAUGGAGGAGAUGGCGGCCUUCCACACCGACGCCUACCUGCAGCACCUGCAGCAGGUCAGCGAGGAGGGCAACGAGGACCACCCGGACUCUGCGGAAUUCGGACUCGGCUACGACUGCCCGGCCAGCCAGGGCGUCUUCGAGUACGCGGCGGCAAUCGGCGGCGCCACCCUGACGGCGGCGCGGUGCCUGGCGGAGAAGAUGUGCCGGGUGGCGAUCAACUGGGCCGGCGGCUGGCACCACGCCAAGAAGGACGAGGCUUCGGGCUUCUGCUAUCUGAACGAUGCGGUGCUGGGGAUCUUAGAGCUGCGCCGGAAGUUUGACCGUGUCCUCUACGCUGACCUAGACUUACAUCACGGGGACGGUGUCGAGGACGCUUUCAGCUUCACCUCCAAAGUCAUGACGGUGUCUCUGCACAAGUUUGCUCCUGGAUUUUUCCCAGGAACAGGAGAUGUGACAGAGGUGGGCUUCGGGAGGGGGCGCUACUACAGCAUCAACGUACCCCUUCAGGAUGGCAUCAAGAACGAGACAUACUAUCAGAUCUGUGAGGUGGUGCUGAAGGACGUGUAUGCCGCCUUCUGCCCUGAAGCCGUAGUACUGCAGUUGGGAGCCGAUACAAUUGCGGGCGAUCCCAUGUGUGCAUUCAACCUGACCCCAGAGGGGAUCGGCAAGUGCCUGAAUUAUGUGCUGCAAUGGCAGCUGCCGACCCUUAUCCUGGGGGGAGGAGGCUAUCACCUUGCUAACACUGCCCGCUGCUGGACAUAUCUGACUGGAGUCAUUCUGGGGAAAACGUUGCCCUCUGAAAUUCCCGAUCACGAGCCUGACCUUCCCUCUCCCGGGCAGUUCUUCACGGAAUACGGCCCUGACUAUGUGCUGGAAAUCACUCCAAGCUGCCGGCCAGACCGGAAUGAGCCUCAGCGGAUCCGGGAGAUCCUCAGCUGUGUGAAAGGGAACCUGAAACAUGUGACUUAGCGGAAAAGAGGACUCCCUUCUCUCCAGAGCCCCUGUACCUGGGAGCAGUUGUCAAAGAGUGCAGAGGAACUGCACGGAAAUGCCGGUAGGGCAUCGGGAGCCCCUCAGGCUGUGAUCCUGGAGCUGUUUGUGCUACUUGGAGCUACAGGGUGUUAAGUUUAAAGGACAACACCCCCCCCUCCCGCCAGCCUGGGCUUCCAUCCUCGUCCCUUGCAGAGGCAGCUCAUUUAGAAGGAGUGGAAGGCCCCCUGGCCCAGUGCCUCUUGGACUGCAGGAGCACAGCAAGAAGAGACUGCUCUGUUGGUAUUUUUUUAACAGCUAUUUGCCUUGAAAUAAAAAAAAUUGGAUGAUUUU